CCUUAUCAUUCACUGUUGAUUUCACUUGCAGUACACAAGCUAUUUUAUUAUAGUAAUAAGUUUAUUUGUGAACAAAAGUAGUUAUAUCUUGAAGCUAUGCCGCCUCCGCAUGCUCUUCCUUGCGGGCCCACGUGUGGCUCCUACUGCGCCCCGCACUGCAGACAUCGUAUUCGUAUGGAGACGCACUACCCGCCGAACCACGUGGUGCCGCCGCCGCCACAUCACUACCCGCCGCCGCCGCCGCACCAUUACCCGCAUCAUCCACCUCCGUACCAACCCCCACCCCAUCACCCACCACCACCCCAUCAUCCACCACCACCGCACCACUAUCCGUACCACGGAGUCCCACCAAAUGCGCUCCGCUAAUCCCUAAAAGACUUCGAGCCCAUGCAACUCAACGUGUGCGGGAAGAUCCAGCUUUUCCUGCCAUCUCGAUACGACACUGUGAUCGUUUUAUAUUUAUGAACUCCACAACAAAUUCUUGGAAUUAUAAGAUCUGCGUUGUUUUUUUAUUAUCUUUCUAAAUUAACGAUAAAUCGUUAUUUAUCUUAUCGUGCACGAUAAUUAGUGAAUGUACCUAAUGAAGUACUCAAUAUAAAAGUGUAAACAAUUACGCUAAAUAAAAGUUUAGGAAUUUUUAAAUUGAAA